AUGGAUCGUUUUUGGUCUGUGCCGCCUGUGACAAGGACUUUAGUUACGCUUACUUUCGUUCAGUCUGCCCUUGUCUAUGGCGGUCUACUAAGUGGUAGAUAUGUGAUAUUCCGUCCGGAGCUAGUCUUCAAGCUACUUCCUGAGGCAUGGAGGUUAUUCUCGUCAUUCUUUUUGACAGGGCCUCGCCUUGACUUUAUACUUGAUCUCUACUUCAUGUUCAAGUAUGGCAGCGCUUUGGAGGCGUCAUCACCGCGGUUCAACUUACCGGGUGACUUCUUCACGUACGUGUUCUUUGUAGCCACUGUUAUUACGCUCACCGCAGGUUGCCUAUUAGAUGAUGUAAUUUUCACCCAUGCACUAAUAAUCGCAUUUGUCUACACCUUCGCCCAGGACAACCAAGGUAGAAAAGCCUCCUUUUUCGUGGUCCAACUGCCUGUUGAAUUCCUACCAUGGGCGAUGCUCACCUGGACGCUUGUGCUUAGCGGGUGGCAUGCAGCAUUCAGUGAGAGCAUGGGAAUAGUCGCGGCACACAUGUAUGAUUUCUUCUCACGCAUAUAUCCGACUUUUGGAGGUGGUAGGAACUACAUCAUCACGCCGACUGUUGUGCGGAGAAUCUUUAGCGCCCAUACCCCCAGUCAGCACCGGGCCUAUGGAACAGCUUACCGUCCGAACCCCGAAGAAGGCCGGGGCUCUUUUCAGAGCCCUUGGAGCAGUAGAGGACCAGGCAGAAGACUGGGCGGAGGCUAA